CAGAAAUGUAUACAAUCUCCCCCAUCCCGACAAUCCUGACCCAUCAUCUCAUCGCAGACCAACUUCGCUCCGGAGAACGCAUGUUUUGGCAUGGCAUCCAUUCCCGCAUUUAGCAAUUUAUUCUGCGAAAGAGGCGCGCUUUUUGAACGUCUGAAGUGAAGCCAGCCGCUUCUCUGAGCAAGCAGCUCCAAAUCUCUCUCUAGUUCGAUUAUGGAAAACAAAAACAAGGGAAGAAACCAGUGCACCAGCAGAGGUCAAUGCUUCCGAUGGGAUCCCCAUUUAUGAUAAAAAGUUAUAGCAAAUGCUCCUCUGUCUCAAAUCAGGCAUGUCUCAAGAGUGUUAGCUGGCUCAGGCCAUUUCAUCAUUCAAUAGCGCUUCCCAUGCUUACCUAUCAGUAAUCCCUAUGCCACAUCCCCCACGUGUCCUUAAACUCGCCCUUGCCGAAAAAGCACAGGAAAACAUCUCCAGUUUGGAUUGGAGUCUCAGCUCCUCCUGCACUUGUCACCUGUGGAACAGCAAUCCACACGCUCGCCAUACGCGCAACCAGCCGACACCAUGAUGUGGCGGGAACUGGUCAUUUUACAGCUGAGGCUGAGAUCAUCCCACAACCUGGGAACUCUCCUCCGCAAUAUACCCAGAUUGGGGCAAAAACUCAGCGACUGUAUAACGGUCGCAUAUGCUGCAGCUUUCAUCCGAGGAGAUCAGGGAAAUGAUUGGCCGUGUAUCAAUGAUGGUUCUAUAUUCCAUUCAUCAAUCGCCAUUUCGACUCUCCGGAUUGAUUGGCUGGAUGUUGUAAUGGGAUAUUUCAAAGCCCAAUUUGUGUAACUUGCGCAUCAUUUCUUCUCACGGUGGAAAGCCAAGAAGGCAUAGCCGUACGGAAUACAAUGAUAUAUGGAAUACAUGUACAUGGAUGUAUGUACUAAACGUUUCGUGUACCUAAUCGAUCUGUGCCAGGGCACAGCUAAUUUUUGGACAUGAGAUCCACAAUCUGAUAUCACCAUCACCAUACCAUACCUGUCUUCAGCUCACAUGAUUGACUUUGGAUGUCGCAUCAGGCAAAAAGCCGGUUUGAAUGCAUCAAAAUAUUUUUACUGCUUUUUAGGAGGAGUGUCGCCGGUAAAUAUUUUAAAUGUUUGAUAUUUUGGAAAUUUUUACCUAUUUUGCUUGGACCUGUCAGACGCACCCUGCAGAUGCAGGUUGACUUAAGGAUCACAGCCUGAUACAGGGAUAUCAGGUUGCAUGCCUACUACGCAGACGGGACUAACAACGGAUCCCACAUCUGAAUAUUCAGAUCGAAAAUGACAUUUUCCUUCCUUCACUUCAUUUCACUUUUUAUACCGUUCUUCUUGAUGACUAAUUCAUUCCUUUGUCACUCUGUCUCAUCAUAUCUUAUUUUCUUCAAAGGAAUUUCCUGCGUUUUUAAUAGCUUAGAAGAAUCCCAUACCGGACAUCAUGCCGAAGCACCUGGUGAGAUGACGUCUAUACAUGUACGGACCUUCUGAGCAGAGGGGAUCGGAUCCGAAGGCGACAGAAAAUAAAAUUACCGGCAGAGAGAAUGUCGAGUAAAGCCGUGUUUAUAUCGAAUAAUCUUGCCAGCGAGCAAUUGGUAGCUUGUCUUGCUCGUCCAUCCCUGGCAAACGGGGUUGAGGCUCCGCCAAGUAUUGAAGUUGAUUGGGAUGGAGAGGAGGGGAGUUGAGGUAGCUGGAUCAUUAUUUUCGGCAAAAUCACUUUGACCAGAGCAUCAAGGUCCUAGCGUUUCAAGUUUGUUAAGACUCUACUAGCUAGCAAAUGGUGAGUCCGGCAUCUACUUAUCUCUACUAUUGAAUCAUAGUGUUGUAACAGCGGGAUCACCGACAAGGAUUAAGGUGUGACUUUUGCCAAAAAAAAAUACGUGGAAAAUACGUGGGGCUUCUCCGUCGAUGAAUUAGUUUGGAAAACCAGCCCUCCCACGUUUCAUUUAUCGACGGAUACGAGUAAAGAGAUGCAGUCUGCGCAGAACCGGGAAAUGAUACCCUGCCGGAUCAGGAUCUUGGGAACCUAGCAGAACUAGGGCUAUUGGCUCGCCAGCAUCCGUCCACGAGGCCAAAAUGAAUAUCCGGGACGAAUUGAAUGAUUUCAAAAACAUCCCUGCUGGAGGAUCUGCUUUCGCGGAGCUACCGGGCAAGAAUGACUAUCUUUGCAUUUGGACAUGGGUGCGACGUGGCGCAUAGGGUGACAGAUAUGGAAUCCUGGGACGGACGAGCUGAGGGUGGGCAUGGGCCCAUUCCAAAACGCUGGGUAGGGUGGAUGUAACGUGGUUUUCUUUAUAUUCUAUAUAUACUGGCACCCAUUCCAAAAAGGGGCGGGCCGCAAUACUCGAGAUAUUGUCCCUGUCGACCAGCAUAACUUUGGUGGUCGGUAUCACGACUAUUUUCUACUCUUUAUACCCUUCCAAGUUGAAUUAGUCUCUGGGGUUAGAUGACGGAAUGGAGAUCCUCCAAGCCCGGCGGCCUCUAAGGGUGGUUGUUGUUGGAGCAGGUAUGCAAACUCGCAAUCGGUAGACGAUGGGGAGGGAUCAUAGGAAAACGAUAUUAACUUGUGGCCCGUCCCUUUUGAAGGCAUUGGAGGCCUCGCGACCGCGAUUUCUUUGGCAAUCCGGGGACACAGGAUUCUCAUACUCGAAUCUGCCCCCCAGAUUCGGGAGCUAGGCGCGGGAAUUCAGAUUUCCCCGAACAUGCGAAGCGUCCUUCGGCGUUUGGGAGUUGAGCCGGCGAUCAAAAAGACCAGCGUUGUCCUUGAGCGCAUCCAAGUCGUCCGAUGGCAGGAUGGACGAGUCCUGAACGAAACUGCCGUUAACCAUCAGUACGGCGAAGCUGCCGCCAUUCACCGUGGAGACCUCCAAAAAGCCCUCCUUGACAGAAUUUUGGAGCUAGAUAAUAUUCAAAUACGAGCGGGUGCCACCGUUACUGAUAUCGACUUCGAUCUUACAGCAGUUCACCUACAAUGCGGGAAGGCAGUAUAUGGUGAUGUAGUUAUUGCAGCUGAUGGUAUCAAAUCCACUGUCAGAAGGAAGAUGUUUCCAGGUAUCGGUCAUAGAGUACAGCCUAGUGGGGACGUAGCUUUCCGGAUCCUCAUACCACGUGAGAAAAUGCUGGAGGAUGAAGAGACUGCGAAGUUAAUAAACAAACCACAGGCAGUGCGAUGGGUUGGUCCGCACCGGCAUGUCAUCGGCUACCCGAUACGGAACCACCAGCUGUAUAACUCUGUCUUCGUCCAUCCUGACAACGGGCCAACUGGCGAGUCCUGGACUAUCCCCGGGACAAGAGAGGAGAUUAUGGAGGCGUUUGGUGGGUGGGAUCCCCGACUUUCAAAGCUAGUUGCGUCGUCCACGAGUGUGUUAAAGUCAAGACUCUGUUUGCAUCCGCGAUUGCAAACGUGGGUAAAAGGCUCCUGCGCCCUGGUUGGGGAUGCAUGUCAUCCUAUGCUACCUUACAUAGCACAAGGUGCCGCUCAAGCCCUUGAGGAUGCAGCCGCUCUUGGGGUGGUAUUAUCCCAAAUAGAGACGGCGAAAGACGUCCCAUUUGCACUGUACGUUUAUGAGAAGUGUCGAAAAGCCCGCGCAGAACGAAUCCAGCAAUCUGGCACCGAUAUUCGAAUCGAACUGCAUCUUCCUGACGGGCCAGAGCAAGUCAAGAGGGAUGAGCGGUUUGCAGCUGCAAUGAAGGGCGCCAAGAAUCCCGAUACGUGGAACGACAGGGAGACACAGAGAGCAAUCUGGGGCUAUGAUGCGGAAGAGGCAGCGAGGAAGUGUUGGUCUUCCUCACGGGGUAUAAAAGGGGCCAUCUAAGAAGGACACUGUCCAAGCCCAUUUCCAAUACUGUGUAGCAUUGCUAACUCGGCUGAACUGAUGAUAGAAUUCACAAGAAGAAAGGGGUGGGGUGGAUAGCGUAGUUGGUGAAAGCGCUGUCCAUGGAGGGCUCAUGGGAAGUAGGAACUGACUAUAGGGGAUGAUCCUUCUUAGACAUCAGGGUUGCAAGGUUCAAAUCCUGUCUCUAUCACAAAAUGAUUUUAUCAUAAUCUAUUGAUUACAUUCACAAUCUGAGAUCAGUUCUUGACUAUAGAGAGUUAAUCAAUAGAUUAGAAGAAAAUGAUUUUCACUAUAUAAAUAAUUUGCGGAGCGAAGC